AUGAGUGAAGUAGAAACUAAGAAGCAACAAGGUAUUAUUCUUGAAGAAGAAGAAAUUAACCAAGAUUCUUCAAGUUCUCUUGAAAAUAACCAAGGUGGAGAGGUAUCAUUAUGGAGAAGAUUCCUUAAUAUUGUCGAACUUGAAGAACCAAAAGGUUUAACUGCCUCACAAAUGUUUUUAUAUAAUUAUGAUUUAAGGCCAGUUGAAACUGCAAGAAGACAAUGGUCAUGGUAUAAUUAUGUUUUCUUUUGGGUUGCUGAUUCUUUUAAUAUUAAUACUUGGCAAAUUGCAGCCACUGGUAUUCAACAAGGUGGUAUGAAUUGGUGGCAAACUUGGCUUUCAGUUUGGGUCGGUUAUGCAUUAUGUGGUAUAUUUGUUAGUAUCGGUGCUAGAACUGGUAUAAUGUAUCAUAUUUCUUUCCCUAUUGUUACAAGAUCCUCAUUUGGAUUAUUUGGUUCUCUUUGGCCCAUUUUUAAUCGUGUGUUUAUGUCAGCAGUAUGGUAUGGGGUUCAAACUUCAGUAGCUGCUCCUUGUGUGUCAGUAAUGUUAAGAAGUAUUUUCGGAAAGAAUUUAGAUGUAACUAUGCCAAAUCAUAUUUCUGAUCCUACUAUUACAACCUUUGGAUUCUUAAGUUUAUUCUUAUUUUGGUUGUUUUCAUUACCAUUCCUUUGGUUCCCACCUCAUAAAAUCAGACAUUUAUUCACCUUUAAAGCUUAUGUUACUCCUGUAGCUGGUAUUGGAUUUUUAGUUUGGGCUUUAGUUAAGGCUGGUGGUGUUGGCCCUGUGAUCCAUCAAAAGUCUACGGUAGAAGGAAAUGAAUUAGCUUGGGCAUUUAUUGAAUCAACCAUGAAUUCUUUAGCUAAUUUUGCUACUUUAAUUGUUAAUGCUCCAGAUUAUGCUCGUUUCUCAAACACUGGUUCAUUCGGAAUGAAAUAUUUAGUUUAUACUCUCUCCAUUCCAUUUUGUUUUUCAUUAACUUCAUUAAUUGGUAUUUUAGUGACUUCUGCUGCUCAAGUCAUCUACGAUGAAGCUUAUUGGUCACCAUUAGAUGUGUUAGGUAGAUUCUUAGAUGAUUAUACUUCAGGUAAUAGAGCCGGUGUAUUCUUUAUCGGUUUAGCAUUUGCUAUUGCUCAAUUAGGUACAAAUAUUUCUGCUAAUUCUUUGUCAUUCGGUACUGAUGUUUCAGCUUUAUUACCAAGAUUCUUAAAUAUUAGAAGAGGUUCUUAUAUUUGUGCUGCUUUAGCAUUAUGUAUUUGUCCUUGGAGAUUAACUACAUCAUCAUCAAAAUUCACUACUUAUUUAUCGGCUUAUUCAGUUUUCCUUUCUUCAAUUGCUGGUGUUAUUGCUUGCGAUUACUUCUAUAUUAGAAGAGGUUAUCUUAAAUUGACUCACUUAUAUUCAUUAUUCAGACCAGAAGACCCUUCACAAGAUUCACUUUACAGAUACAAUAAAUUGGGAAUUAAUUGGAGAGCAUAUGUGGCUUACAUUGCUGGUAUUUUACCUAACAUUGUCGGAUUUGUGGGUGCCACAGGAACUCAUAAUGUUUCAUUAGGAGCUACUGAAAUUUAUAGAUUAAAUUUCUUUAUGGGAUUCUUUUCAGCGUGGAUUGUUUACGCAGUUUUGAAUUAUAUAAGUCCUGUUGAAACAGGUAUGCCAGCUUUGAAACCAUUUGAAAAAGGAUGGUAUGAAGAAUUGCAAGACGUUGAUGAUUUUGAAGCUGAAUUACAAGGUCAAGUGGUGCAUGGUAUUGACAGUGAUAAUUAUGAAGCUCAUUCAACUGGAUUUGAAGAUAAGAAAUCAUUCGUAUGA